ACUGAUCCACAUUCGUGUUUAGACAGCCUCCUAUUGAAGCCACGAAGAAGAAUGUUGUGAACAAGGAAGUUAAUAUUUUACAGGAAGUCAGCGUAAGCUGCCUUUUGUUUUGUUUUGUCUUUGUUUUCUGUAUCAAACUGAGGGCUCUUUUCUCCAGAGUAGUUUUCUAGAUUCAUUAAUAGGUUAUCGUUCAUCUGAUUUGUUUCUUUUAAGUUUCUUUUUGUUAUGACAGUUGGCGACAUUUGGCGUCAGCUGUGAGCGAGCUUCACAGGCUAACAACAUAGCUAACAGGCCUGAAGGCCAUCUGUCCAUUGUCUUCCCGUCACUCAAAUACUUAUCCUGUUUACAUCAAGCAGAUAGGUUUGAGGUCAACCGUCGUUUGGAAACAUUAGAUACGGCUUGAACAAAGCGCCAGGACCGUUGUCAUCCGUUCAUCGUCCAGUCGAUAAGGAGAUCGGGUGACCAUGUAUGCCCCGCCGGGUUCUACUGUUCCUGGAGGCCGGAGGAGGAGAGGAGGCACCUCCCUGCCCAAGCAGCCGGAGCGGAGCCUGGUGUCGGCUCUGCCCGGAGCUCUGUCCAUCACAGCGCUGUGCACGGCUCUGGCGGAACCGGCCUGGCUCCGGGUUCAUGGAGGCACCUGUCAGAGACAAGAGCUGGGGGUGGCAGAUGUCCUGGGGUACAUUGACCCCAAGCUUCUGGACGAUUACUGUGUGAACCCGCAGACCAUCUUGCUGAUGAGGGUGAUCGCUGCCUUCUGUUUCCUGGGCAUCUUGUGCAGCCUGACUGCGUUCCUCUUGGAUGUGUUUGGACCCAAGCACCCCGCUCUGAAGAUCACACGGAGAUAUGCAUUUGCACAUAUUCUCACAGUGUUGCAGUGUGCCACGGUCAUUGGAUUCUGCUACUGGGCCUCGGAGCUCAUCUUAUCACUACAGCAGCAACACAAAAAGUACCACGGCUCUCUCAUAUACGUCACUUUUGCCAUCAGCUUCUACCUGGUGGCAGGGGCAGGCGGAGCCUCUAUCCUCGCCACAGCAGCAAACCUCCUGCGCCACUACCCCACCGAGGAGGAGGAGCAGGCUUUAGAGCUGCUCUCUGAGAUGGAGGAUAGCAGUGAAACUUUUCCUGCUGAUUAUGACAUUGCCAAUCAGUUUCAGCCGCCGCCUGCCUAUACGCCCUAAUGCUGCCAGACUGGCCCUGUUAACACUCGCUUAUCUCUCAGCACGGCUAUUGGCUUGAUGAGCAAACCCCACUCUUUAUCAAAUGGAUAUCUUUGCAAAUACUCUCCAUAAUGAACACAGCGUGCACAGUUUGUGCACAAACUCCUUGACUGACAGCUUGGGUGCAUGAAAGCUUUCUUUAGUGGUGGCAGACAUGUCUCACCACUGAAGUUGUUAGUGAUUUGCAUGUAAAUGGCUUUUAGGAUUUGGUUCUUACAUGUAAAGGAAACUUAAACUGCAAGGAGUGCUCAACAUGGCUCAUCAUAAGUAUUUGAUGAAACAGCUUCAGCCUGAUCAGUGGCAAUUAUUGAGGCUGGGCUGUCGGCAGAUUGUCAGCGGUUGUGUUGCUCUUGGUUGGAUCGUGAAUGGAGCUUUGUUAAGCACCAUUUUGAUUUAAUUUUUGAUAUGCUUGCCGUGUGUAUGAUUUUACUUUCCUUAUUCAUUAAAAAUGCAGAAAUACACUGAGAAGAUUGAUUUAGAAAUUUCUUUCAUAUAAAGUAUCAAAUGGACCUUAUUUAUUUUUAUUUAGUUGUCUGUGCUGUGUCUUAUUUCCUUUCUUUUGCUUUGUAGGCGCCUGUCACUGGUUUAGUCUUAUUUAAUCACAUCUUUACUUGAAAUAACACAAGAAAAUUGUCUAAAAAUGUGAGACCUGUCUGUGUGGUGUUUUUAAAAAGGAUCGUGUUGAGAGCUAGCAGCCACGGAAAAAUUGAGAAACGUAUGUUUCACAAUACGAGACAUUUAGUAACGGGAGCGUCACCGCAUAAGUUGGUCGUGUCAUGUUUCUUGUAUUUGAUUUUAAGAAGAAACCUUAUUUGUACUUUGACUACCAUACGUGAACGUUUCAGUAUGUGUGUGAUUUUAUUUUUAUGCAUGAGCUCUCAUGUGCAAACUUUUAUUCUACAGGCAGAAUCGUAUGACAUCUCACACAAGGUGCCAGCGGAGGCUUAACGUUGUGAUGGUUGUGGUGACUAGUUGGCUGUAUAUUGUUCUGUUUACUCCAUUUCUGCAUUUUGUUCCUCAAAUUGUCAUCAUAUACUUUUCAUCACUAGUAUGUAAAUAUUGAUUGUUUCUACAUAAAAAGUGGUCAUAAUAAAAAUGAAUGCCAUAUU